AUGGACAAUUCACACAAACGAGUGGUUAACGAUGCAAAUGGAUCGGAAGCACAAAAGCUACCCUAUCCAAAACGUAUAUUUCUUAUUAUUGGAAAUGAAUUUUGUGAACGUUUUACCUUUUAUGGAAUGUCAAGAAUUUUAGCGAUAUAUAUGAAAAACAAAUUGAAUUUCACAGAAAACGAUGCGAUUUUAUUAUAUCAUACAUUUGUGAUGCUGACAUAUUUCGCAUGCAUAUUUGGUGCCAUAUUGUCCGAUUCUUGGUUGGGAAAAUUCAGAACCAUUUUCUAUUUAUCGAUCAUUUAUUCGAUUGGAAGUGUAAUUGUUUCGGUCGGAGCCAUUCCAAUGAUUGGAUUUUCACCUAAGGCUGCUCUUUUUAUCGGUUUGGUUUUGAUUGCAAUCGGCAGUGGUGGGAUAAAGCCAUGUGUGUCAGCGUUUGGUGGAGAUCAGUUCAAAUUACCAGAGCAAGCUGCUCAGAUGGCAACAUACUUUUCACUGUUUUACUUUUCAAUAAAUGUUGGAGUUUUAUUUUCAACCAUACUCACGCCAAUUUUUAGAGCAGACGUUCAUUGUUUUGGUGAACACGACUGUUAUUCACUUGCAUUUGGAGUUCCUGCUAUUUUAAUGAUCAUUUCCAUCCAUAAAUUUGGAGCCCAGUUGGUUACGGACACAAGAACAAUGUUGAAAAUUUUUGUUCUUCACCUGCCAUUACCAAUCGUUUCGGCACUUUUUAAACAGCAAGGAUCUAGCUGGACAUUUCAAGCUGUAAAAAUGAACGGUGACAUUGGAUUUUAUAAUAUAAAACCGGAUCAAGUGGGAGUGUCAAAUGCCAUUUUAGUUCUCAUAUUUAUUCCAACAUUUGAAGCCACUUUUUAUCCAAUUUUGAGUAAAAUUGGUAUUAGAAACAAACUGCAAAAGGUCGUACUUGGCUCAGUCUUCACAUGCAUUUCAUUUUUACUUGCAGCACUUCUUGAAUUCUGGAUUGAAACAUCACCGAAAAAUUCUGUAAAUAUUUUGUGGCAAUUGCCACAAUAUGUAGUCAUUAGUAUGGGCGAAGUAAUGUUUCAAGUGACCGGCCUUGAAUUUUCAUAUGAGCAAGCACCCGAAAGCAUGCGAUCUGUAGUACUAUCGAUUUGGCAGUUGAAUGUUGCAAUUGGUAAUCUAAUCAUUGUGGCUAUAUCCGGAAUGCAAUUUUUCCAAUUUCAAGCAUACGAAUUUCUUUUUUAUGCCAUUUUAUUGUUUUUCGGCAUGUUCAUAUUCGCCAUUAUGGCACGUAAUUUUAAAAGCACCACUACAAAUAACAUCAAACCAAUAUACAUACCUUUGGAUACAAUCGAAA